UUUUACACAAAAGCCCGGGGGUUCUUUUUGUUGUUUUUUUUCUGUCAAAGGGAUUAAACUCGCCUUUUCUGGAAAACGAGUACAGAGGUAAAGAGAACGGCCAUGUUGACACGGCAUCGCCUACUGGGAGGCCUAAUAGCAACUGGAACAGCGUUAUUCCCUCUAUUUUAUUACAGUAUUACAAUCAGCGACCAGUCGAUUCAAGCGAGCUUGUCAAAAAGGAAAAGACAAGGUCGAAACAGCUGAUCAUUUAUAGUUUUUCACUGUCACGGUAUAGUUUUAAUUACCUUACAAGUUCGGAAAUUGAGCGCUCUCCCAUUAUUUGGAAAUUUUCUCAACGGUUUUUAAUUUGUAUGUGGAGUUAACCUCGCCAUCGCAGGCCUGAAGAUGGAGAGCUGGAGGAGGGCGAGUUGGAAGACGAUGCAGGGGACAUGGAGGAGGAGGAGGCGGGCCAGGGCUUGUCUGCAGCGGUGGGACCGGGCGGAGACCGGGCCGAGGACGCUGGCGGCGAAGGAGGAGGAGACGUGGCGGCGGACAGGCCUCGCCGAAGCCGAGACCGCCACCCGAGCAGCGCCUCAGACGACGAGCGUUCCCAUCGCCACAAGAGGAAACGGAAGAAAGAGAAGGAACGGGAGCGGGAGAAAGAAAAGAGGAGGUCCAAGAAGAAACGCAAAGCCAAGCAUAAACGGCACGCUUCUUCUGACGACGAUCACUCAGACUUCAGCGAUGACUCUGACUACAGUCCAAGCGAGAAGAGGAAGUACAGAGAUUAUAGUCCACAGUACACCUCCUCUUCUCACGGCGGCUACGGUGGGUCGAAGAAGGGCGGCUACAUGAAGAUGGACAAACAGGGCUAUGGCGGCUAUGAUGACUAUGAAGACGACAUCUACGAGGGAGAAGAGGAUGAAGACAUGGUCGAUGAAGAGUAUGACGACUUCGCAAAGGAGCUCAACCAGUACCGCAAGGCCAAGGAGGGCGGCCGCGGCGGAAGAGGGGGCAGAGGUCGCAUGAAGAGCCUGAGAGGACGAGGGGGGAUGAGGGGAGGCAGGCGGGGCAGAGGAGGAAACCGAGGACGGGGCGGACGAGUUGGACGGAUGGGCGGAGACGACGACGGGGACGGAUACGGAGAGGACAUGGAGUACGGAGAGGAAGACUACGACAACAUGGGGGACGAUGAUUAUGACGACUACUCCAAAGAACUCAGCCACUACAAACGCUCUAAAGACAGAGGCAGAGGAAUGAAAGGAGGCCGCGGUCGAGGCAGAGGCAAAGGAGGAAGAGGAAUGAUCCGAGGAGCGAAGGGCCGAAGCAGAGGGCGAGGAAGAGGCGACAUGGGCAACGACGACGACAACAACGGCGACAUGGACAACGGGGAUGGAGGCGACGGUCCGGGAGUUGGGAGGAGGCAUCACCACGAAAAGCACCAGGAUAAGAAAGGAAAAGCCAUCUGCAAGUACUACAUCGAGGGCAGAUGCACCUGGGGGGACCACUGCAACUUCAGCCAUGAUAUUGAGCUGCCGAAGAAGAAGGAGCUGUGUAAAUUCUACAUCACUGGAUUCUGCGCCCGCGCCGACCACUGUCCCUACAUGCAUGGUGAGUUUCCAUGUAAGCUGUUCCACACCACGGGAAACUGUGUGAACGGAGAUGAGUGCAUGUUCUCCCAUGAAGACCUCAACGACGACACCCAGGAGCUGCUCAACAAGAUGCUGGCAGAAGAUGCUGAGGCUGGAGCCGAGGAUGAGAAGGAGGUGGAGGAGCUGAAGAAGCAGGGCAUCAACCCUCUUCCCAAACCCCCUCCUGGAGUCGGCCUGCUCCCCACCCCUCCCCGCCCUGUUUCCAUGGACGCCAACAUGGGGGUUGGGGACUUUGGCGGGCCUGUGGCUGAUACCUUCGGGGGUCCUCCUGGACCCAGCCAGGUUCCUCUUGCAGGCAAAGGUCCACCGGUUCCGCCGCCCGUCCCCGGACCCAACGUCCCUGCUGGUCCUGUCCACAGUCCUGAUGGAAGCCCCUUCCCAGGAGGACCCCCCUCCAAUCCCGGCUGCCCCUCCCCACACAUGGUGCCCCCGCCCGCUGGUGGGUCAGGGGCCGCGGCCGGGAAGAAGAUCCCUUCGCUGUUUGAGAUUAAAGUCCAGCCAACUGGACAGCUGGCUCAGAAACUGGCUGUCAGAAGCCAGGCUCCCAGUAGCGGUCCGGCUCAGACCGCACCGCCAGGACCGCAGGGCGCCCCGGGAGCCGCUCCGCCCCGCUUCCCCGGACCCGCUGGCAUGAUGUCCCCCGAAUCGCAGAGCCUGGGGCCCGGCGGAGCCCCCAUGAUGGGAGGGUUCGGCUGCAGUGUCGAAGGGGCGGGGCCGCCGCAGGGAGGAGGAAACUUCUUCAACGAGUUCUACAAUCAGCAGGACGGGAUGAAGAUGGAGGGAGCGCAGGAGGGCGACAGGUUUCAGAGUUUUCCUGCCAUGGAUGACAGAGGAGCGGCCGGACCCAGAGACGGUUCUGCUAACGGGGCGCCGGCCAGCCAGGGAGGCAUCUCCGUACCGGACUUCCUGCCUCCUGCCCAGCGGGUUCUGUUCAUGAGGAUCCAGCAGAAGCAGCAGGAGGAGGAGGAGCGCGCUCGCAGGAUGGCUGAGGGCGGAGCAGAAAAGACCAAAGAUGUCGAAGGCGACUCGGGGAACUGGUACUCCAGUGAGGAUGAGGACGGCGGCAGCAGCGUGACCUCCAUCUUGAAGACGCUGCGCCAGCAGACCCAGCCGACCCAGAAACCCGACGGCCAUCCGUUCGACUCCCGCCUCCAGAAGCCGGCUGCGGCUCGCCCGGCGGAUCCCCGCCUGGCCCGGGACCCCCGCCUGGCGCGCGCCGCCGAGUCGGCCCACGCAGCGGACGGCGCCCAGCCGGCGGCGCCGGCGUCCCUGGGCCCGCCCACCGACCCGCGGCUAGCCAGGCUGGCAGCCGCCAAGGUGGAGCCGGCGCUGGUCUACAAGCCGCCGCCGCUCACCGCCCCGGCAGCUGAGGAGGAGGAGACGGAGCGGGUCCUGCGGGACAAGCCGGUGCCGAUCCCGUUGGACCCGCUGAUGGGCAUGGCGCUGAGGGACCCGCGCUCGCAGCUGCAGCAGUUCAGCCACAUCAAGAAGGACAUCGUCCUGCACACGCCGGCCUUCGCCAAGACCGUCACCUGGUCGCCCGAAGACCUGCUGCCCCUGCCGCCGCCCAAACAGGACCUGCUGCCGCUGCCGCCCGGCAUCCCACCCGUCCCCCCGGUGGACCCGCGCCUCACCAGAACCCAACCGCCCGCCGCCACGCACCCGCAGGACCCGCCUGCCUCUUCCUCCUCCUCCUCUUCCUCGUCCCUUCCAGACUUUGAGCUGCUGUCUCGCAUCCUGAAGACGGUGAACUCCCAGACUUCGUCCCCGCCCCACGCGCCCACCCCCCCCUUGGCGCUGCUCGCUCAGCCGCCCCCCGCAGACAAACCCGUCGACCCGCGCGUACGCAAGCCUCCGUCCGACCCCCGCCUGCAGCCGCAGAAAUCAGCGCUGAAGCAGCCGGACCCGGCUCCGCCCGCUCCGGCUCCGCCUCCAGCCGCUCCGUCCACUUCCUCCCCGCCGGGCAUCGCGCCCUAUGACCCCCGGCUGCUGUCCGCCGGGGGGUCCGGCCGCGGCGGGGCCGCCGGGGCCCCAGGGGGCGCCAGCGUGCUCAGCAGCAUCAGCCUGUAUGACCCACGGACUAACAAACCGGGCAGCCCCGGUACCAGCAGCGGCUCCCCCAACUCGGCCGGCGCCGAGCCCAAACCCAGCGACCCGACGGCGGGGAAACCCAAACCCAAAGAGCCGUUGUUUGUUCGGAAGUCCGCUCUGGACCAGCCGGAACCGGAGAAGAGCUCAGAGCAAGGCACCGACCGCUACAACAGCUACAACCGGCCGCGACCCAAACCCGCUCCCUCGCCAAACUCCGCCUCCCAAACGGGUCCGGCCGCCGCCGCCGGGUCGCCAGGCGCUCCCGGGGGAGCCGCCGACCUGGCGCCGGCGGGAGUCCACAACCUGCCGGUGCCGUCGCUGUUCGGCGUGGUGAAGCAGGCGUCCAAAGCGGGCGGCGCCGGCAGCCCGUUCGGAGGAAGCAGCCCGGCGCAGUCGGAUCCGGCCGCCGCCGACCAGGACAACGCCUCGCUGAAGGACGUGUUCAAAGGCUUCGACCCCACGGCGUCGCCUUUCUGCCAGUAACCAUGGAAACGGGGAGCCAAUCGGGCGCCUCGCAGGUUUUACGGUUACUGGACGGUGAAGCAGAGACGCUGCUGUGGAAACCGCCUGACAGACCCAAACAUCCGGAACCGGGCCGCUGCACUGAGAGAAAAAGAGUUUCUAUUUUAAACGUAUGGACGUGUAAAAUCCUCCCGACCCGGAUAUCAAUGUUUCUACUGAACAUUUUAGCUUUUUCUGCUGCGCUGCGCCGCUUCAGCUCCAACUUCUGGGAACAAUCAGAUCCUGUCAACACGCGUCUCGUUCUGAGUUGAAUAUUUAAACUCUUUUUUAUGUUUUCUGGAGAAAGAUAUGAAACUAUCUAAAUAUAAAUCUAUAACCUGCCUGAUUUAUUUUUUUAGUAUUUAUUUUUAUACUUCUUGGCGCUGUCAGCUCUUGUUGUCUGAGGUUUAGAUUGAUUUAUUUGUACUGUGCAAAACUUUUGCUUUCAACUUGUCUUUAUUUUAAUUCACACAUUUUGUUGAAGCAAACUUCAAUCUGAUUGGUCAGUGCUCCACAGUUACAUUACAAUCCUCUUUUUUUCCUUCUUUUACUCCAAUUUGUUCCUUUUUCGUCGCUUUCUUGUUCAGGAACAGAAUGGAUCUUCAUCGUCUCGAUUCUAGUACUCAUUUCAGGUUUUGAUUCACAUUAUGGAUCUUUUGUGUGCAGAUUCAGUGUGAAAACAGCUCCCAAAAUUGCUAACGAUGCGUUUUUCUGUACAAACGUUACUUAUUUUAAUUUAUUUCUCUGCUCUGUUUUUUUAUACCUAUUCUGGUUCUGAUUCAACACGUAAAUCAGCUCACCUCAGCGGAUGCAGGCAGUCUUUUUGUUAACCUGUUAGAAUCUCGCCAGGAAAGUGGAUUUAUUGUUUGGUUUUUUUGUACAUUUUUAUGUUUUAUUUUCUUCUCUUUGUAAAUUUGACCAGAAUCUUUAACAUCAUUGGAGGGAGUUUUCUAACUACACAUUUAGGUGAGGAUGUAAGUAUUUAAAUAAAGUCCAGACAUGAUCAGAAGGUUAAAAAAACUCUAUUUUCUGUAUUUUUAUUACCUCAGCUGAUUCAUCUGACGUGUUUAUGUAAGAAUGCCUAAAAUCACAAUAAAACUGUUUUCUCUAAUGAUGUCAUUGGAAGAAAAACAAACUCCUUA